GAAAGAGACAGAGAAAGAGACAGAGAGAGAGAGAGACAGCGAGAGAGAGGGGAAAGCAGCAGUCAAGGGUCACCGGGGUUUUCCGCUGUGUAGGAUUAGAAAAGGAUGAGAAGUAGGUAAGGCAGAGUGAGGAGGGGAAACAUAUACUGUAGUCACAGACAGAUCAGACAGCAGAAAGAGUGGAACGAGAAGGAGAGUGAACAUCAGACAAAGAGGAAGGAGAGAAGAUUCUGCACCUUGAGUGAUGCCCAGUGAGCUGAGAUAAAUUAAAGAGCUGUCAUUUCAAAGGUUAGGAGCAGAUUUAAGGGGAGAGUGUACAGGAAGACCGUUGCUGUGGACUUAGGCUUAGUUAUUUCACACACAGGUGGAGGACUGUAAUCGAAUGGGUAAAUGGCUAAGAUGAAUUGCACAAACGAGGAUAAGUACACCAGUAAAGAUGGGAGAUGCUGUGAUCGCUGUCGUGCAGGAUGGUACAUGAAAGCUGAGUGUGCUGGCACGAAGGCGACCGAGUGUGCCGAAUGUGGACAUGGACUCUACACGGCCACAAAAAAUCACUUGAGUAACUGUCACGUCUGCAAGGACUGCAGCUCCAGUAACAACCAGAGGAAAGUAAAGGACUGCACAGCUCAGGAGGACGCAGUGUGUGAGUGUCUGACUGGUUUCUACUGCAGCAAUGAACACUGUGACCACUGCCGGCCAGUGACCCACUGCAAACUGGGUGAAGGGGUCAAGGUUCGAGCCACUCGCACCAGUGACACCGUCUGUGCUCCGUGUGAAAAAGGGACCUACAGCAAUGUCACAGAUUUCCACUCGCCCUGCUUAACACAUACCAGAUGUGACGACAUCGGAAGAUGGCUGAAAACUUCAGGAACCAAAGAAACUGACGCCAUCUGUGGCAACUUCAAAUCUCCAGACUGUCACUGGAUAUUACCCGCAGGCCUGUGGUCAGGACUCGUGCUGACCGCGCUCGUCCUGUUUGGGCUCAUCUGGUGGAGAGAAAAACGCAAGUCAUCCAAAGCAGCCACUCUUCCUGUUACCUUGGUUGAAAUGGUUCCCGCUGCACCUGACAGUCCGCUGGAUCUUCCCUUACCGUCCACAGAGCGGAAUGGCUACUGCCAAGAGAGCUGCACCGUGAACGGCUGCGAUUUAACACUUUUUACCCCAGAUGAUAAUGUGGUCAGUGACCGCACACACGACAGCAUGGACAGCUGCCUUCCUAUAACUCCACUGAAGCCUCCAGUUUCAUUCUCUGAAUCCAGCCACAAGAACGGAAGCGCUGGAUACUGCACCAGCAACUUCCUCAGGACCUACUCAGAGCCACAGGAGGACGAGUGGUGCGGGACAUAGUUAAGUUAUUGUUGCUGUGACAGUAUACUGUCGCUUGGAGAUGCUACAACUAUUUUUAAGACUUUAAACUGGACCUAUGUAUUUACACUGUACCAUAGAAACCAAAAAGUUUGCUGCCCCCUGCAGGACUUUAAUGAGAAUUUCAGCUCAAGUGAUGUGCUGCAUAUCCAGUGGAGCCCACUGGUGCAGCUGUGAACUAGGGUAAUUUCCUUUGAUGUGAAUUAGUCUGAGACAGGAGCUUCACAAGUGAAGGCGGCGCUGUCUGUGGCUUCUGGCUACGGCUCAGUGGUGUCUCUAUUUAAGUAUAACUGUGUUGAUAUUUUCUUACUUAAGACAAAUCUCAUGGCAAGAUCAAAUCCAACAAUGAAUGGACCACUGCGUAGUUGCAGCCUGGUGGAGCUUAUUCCUCUGUGCCAUAGACCUCCAUUGUCCAAAAACAAUUGAAAACACAUCAGUGAGACAUAUUGUUGCACUGGGUGACAUUUUUCUUCAUUAUCACAAACAUGGGCGCUGUAGUUUAUCAGGAGUCAAUCCUUUGUUCUGCUGCUAUAAAUACAUUCUGUAAAUGUUCAUUAAUCCGCAGCAGAAAAUAGUCCCCAAGAAAUGCUCUAUUUAUUCCUGUUGGGAUUACAUUUUUGCUAAAAGCUACAGUCCCCAGCUGUUUUAGAAAAUAACUUCUUUUUUUUUUUAAUGAAUCUAAAUAUUUAUGACCAGUUUUUUAAAAUGUCUUAUCUCAUAAGAACAAAUGGCUUUGGGGGUGAGAGCCAGGAGGAGGAGUCAGAAACUGAGCCAGACUGACCCACUGAUGGUCCUUUCAUGGGAUUUGUUGAUGAGAGAAAUAUAAAAGAAUUCUUGGCUUAUCUGUUAAUGUAAACUGUGUCUUUGUAAUUAUAUUUUAAAGGAUAUCUAAUUUAUACUACUUAUCCUAGUGUUCCAGCCCAGUUGUGAACUGUACAUGAAGACUGGAACAAGCCAAGAAAAAGUCUUCUUUUGAAGUACCCUGUAAUAUGAAUUUAUAAGACUAUAGGAUAUGCACCAGCAAUACCACACAUGCUACUGACAUUUAAAACCUGUGAUGAAUUAAAGAUGCAGCACUGACGCCAGA